GGGUAGCAUGACGACUACCUCUCGAGCUGUGAUAAGGGGUAUUGCAGAAGUCGCGGCUGGCAACUGAACAGCAGCUGUUCCGUGCAGGAUCAUCCGCUCGAAGGAACUCGAGAGCACGCCCUGUUACAAUGCUAGCACUAAAUUCAAGGCCCGCUCAACCAGAUACAAGAACCCUCGCAGACAGAUAUAGGAAUUUGUGAUAUGCAGUAGCAGUCAACAAGCGAGCAAUAAGCGAUAGAAAUACUCGUGCUUCAACGACUUGAAAAACACCAUGUCCAGCUCCGCAAUAUAUACCAACCUAGGUGCGAAGUCGUGGACUUACCAUUACGACACCGACGUAAGUCCCGUUCAAGAAUUCCACAAGCGACUUCCAGGAUAUCGCGAAACCCUGCUCGUGCCUCUCGACGACGUGGCAAAAGAAUUCGGCGUAAAAGCCGUAUUUGUCAAGGACGAGAGCAGUCGACUUGGUCUACCAGCGUUCAAAAUCCUAGGAGCUUCAUGGGGCACAUUUCGUGCCAUUGCAGACAAGACUGGUAUCCCACUCGACACAACUCUGGAAGAUGCAGCGGUCGCUGCUCGAAAAGCGAAGAUCACACUCUUUGCUGCGACAGAAGGCAACCAUGGUCGAGCCGUGGCACGCAUGGGCAAGAUUCUACACCUGCCUACGCGUAUAUUCAUGUCGAGGUUUGCAGACGAGGAAACAGUCAAGAAAGUUGAGAGUGAGGGCGCUCAGGUCACCGUCAUCUCUGGAGACUACGAUGCCGCGGUUGCCAAAGCAUCCGUAGAGUCCAGCAAGGACCCCAACGGCCUCCUCGUUCAGGACAAUGCAUUCGAAGGGUACGAGCAAGUCCCGGCCUGGAUUGUCGAAGGCUAUUCGACCCUUCUGAUCGAGGCCGAGGAACAACUUGCGGCUCGAGGGCUUAAAGCAACAAUAACUGUCACGCCGAUAGGGGUCGGUUCGCUGGGUCAUGCCGUUGUUGCUCACUGCAAAUCCGACGGCAGACGGAUCAGAGUGUUGACGGUCGAGCCCGAAACUGCUGCAUGCUUGCAUCAUAACCUCCGAGUCGGAGGAUGGACGACCAUCGAGACAUCUGCUACCAUUAUGAGCGGCAUGAACUGUGGCACAGUGUCGCCUAUAUCCUGGCCAGUGUUCGUCAAGGGCGUCGAUGCCAGCGUCACGGUCUCGGAUCUUGAAUGCCACGAAUCCGUCCAAUAUCUACACGCUCAUGGUAUCCAUGCCGGCCCAUGCGGAGCUGCCUCUCUUGCUGCUCUGAGAAAAGUGGCUGCAAUCGAUUCCAAUGCUGUUGGCCUUGACUCUGAUGCUGUCGUUGUACUUCUAAGUACCGAAGGCGCCAGAGGCUAUACUGUCCCCAAGAGCACCUGCAGCUCAUGACGAAGGUCUGUGGACGAGUACGAUGUCCACGAUAAGGGUUUGCAUGCUGAAGGGCGUGGUGGUAAUUGCUGAUCAACCAUGUCUUUCGCAGUAAAGAUGCAAAUGCCAGCAAAUACGCAGCAGCAACGUGGGAAAGAGGGAGCAUCGCCCCUGCAGAGUUCGCAAUGAAAGAUAGGAGAGCAAUCUAGAACUUUACAGUGAGUGGAAGAAGCACUUCGAAUGUUUUUCGACCGGUAUGCUGCGGUCCGAAGACUCAACCCUCUGGCUUGGGCCACGAUGGCCUAUCAGUCCACGCAAUUGUCUCUGCAGCCAUCGAUCUGCUCGACCGUACAGACAGCGCCUCAGAUCUGUCGUCGAUGAAGAAUCGGCUCACAACUCCACUCCCGUUGGGUAAGGCCGGUAGUUGUCUGAUUGGCUUUUGUGGGCAUUACAUCCCCAACCGUCCCAUCCCCCACUGUGUUUACAACAAGAAAUGCUUGGGUUCUGUUUGACGAGAUUGGCGAUCUCCCUCAGCAAGUCCGAACAAAUCUCGGGAUUGGAAGCAAGGCCAUCAUUCAUCAGCUUGUCCAGGUCGACCUGACGCUCCGCUCCCUCAACGCCCUGGGCUAUUAUCUUCAGGACAGCUUGCCACAAAUUGGAACCCCUCAAGCCUGCUUCGUUGAGCUUUUCAAGGUGACGCCAACGAAACGCUCGAGCGGGUAUGGAAGUCUGGACAACCUCUAUGACUUGAUCGCACAUGUCAUCGACGCAAAACCUGUCGGCAAUGAAGAAGUACUGAAUGAGGUACGAGAUCCAAUCUCCUACUGGUCCCCAUAAGAUAUCUUCAUGCACUGUGGCCGAGUCACUGGAGUCGCCGCGAAACAGCUUUCCAGUGUAGAGGAAUCCAAGCAUCUUCUCAAUGUCUUUGGGACAUUCGUCGGGCAAUCGGAUUCUGUUGCUGACGCCUUCCUCGAAUUUUCCAGGCUCCAGGCACUUGACGAAAUAUUUGCAUCGAGUCAAGACUGCCUUGUGUGCCGUGAAGAGAACGGGUAUUGGGCCAACUUCGAGUGUAAUGUUGGGUGAAGUGAGCGCCGCGCCCUCGAAGUGUUCGUGCCUAGAUGAAAUGUAAAAGUCAGAAGUCGUGAUAGGAGAUUGAGUUGAACCCACUCACCCCUCCCAUGGAUUGCCUGGCUGAGCUUCAAGACCGGGGGCGUUUGGAGUGUAGCUAGGUGAUCGAGAAUUGCAGGCAGGAUUGUAGCCAGCAUAGCUACAAUCGUCGGUUUGGUCGGACAUGAUGGCAAGUGCGCUGCCAAAAUCAGGAUUCUCUCGCGUGUCUAGAAGGCUUUGUCACGCACGACGACGUCGACGAUGACGAUGACGACGGCGUGAUGGUGUAUUGUGCGACACCUGUCAAUCGUGCAACGUGCGGGACGUGCGACGCAGAACAACGCAGGACGAAGAAGAGGUAAUCCACGUUACGCAGAAUGUUUGUUCUGCUAAGGACGACUGCGGCAGUAAGUGAGACGAAGGGCAAAUGGCAAAGUGAAGUGAAGAGAGUCUGAUGGUGAAGUACACAUCGGUGGCAUCGCUCGAGCUGAGAUUCAGAUGACUGGGCAGUGCGGUCGCAGUACUUUUCAGGUCUAUCCGGAUGUUGGUCAAUCCAACUGCACAUCAUGGGGACGAGGCUGUGUCUGCAUGGGCCACUGGGGAGAUCAUUUUGCAACAAGUGUGAUUGACUCUGAUUCUAGGUUCUUGAUUUAAUGUCAAGGGUCAAUGCCCUUUAGCCACUCCCAUAUCGUCCAUCUAUUCCGAUCGAGGCGCAGCUGGAGCCUCCAGUCAACAACAGUCUUUCCGUACAGAACUCGAUAUCAACUCACAGCCGACCACAAUGUUAUGCUAACAGGGACAAAUGCGAGAAACACGGCCAUCAGCUGGAGUCACAACAAUGCCGCUUUUGCCCCUCCAGGUGGGCGGUCAAUUUCUUCAGAAUCUCCAGACCAAACACCGGUUCCAAGUCAAGCUCGUUGUCUAGCAUGACACGCAGCCGUUUGGGAUCCACAGUCGCAUUGCGAGCAAAUAUGUCCAUGAUGACUCCCAACAUCGAGUGUUCUCGUAGACCUGCGUCAUCGAGUUGCUGCAGAUGGCUCAGAUCGAAGGACUUGUCGGGAACGCUGCGUAACAUGUUCAUGGCUCUCCAGUACAUAUCAUCGACACAAUACUUUUCAGCAAUGAUGAGGAUUUUGAUCAAGUAUGUCACUCCCUGAGGGUUCCAAUGAUGGUUGAGGCUGCGACCUCGGUCGCCGGCGUCUCCUUCGAACAUGUUGCCGGUGUACAGGAAGCAGAGUAUUCUGAGGAUGUCGAACGAUCGUUUUAUGCGCUGUCAUGAUCAUGGGUUCUGGGCCGACUUCAAGUGUGAUGAUUUGCGACAUGAAGUCUCCUACGCUGAAACCGAGAGGCCUGUGAAAGGUAAACUUGGUCAGCGAAAAUUAAGGCACGGAGAGGCAGGAACGACACUCACAGCUGAAGACCUGCAUCCUUGGGUAUGAGAUCAGCAAUGCCGUCGAACGAAGGUGCCAUCGUGGAUGAAGACCGUGGUAGGUUGUCGGUAGGGGUAGACCGAGAAGGUGAUGGAAGAUGGUGUUAGACGCAUCAAAGAAGCGAUAUAUAUUCAGUAUCCGCCGGGCAAGGAUGCUUGAGUGAUUGACUGUGUUGGUGAUGAAAGCAGUGAGAGUGAAGUGAUCGCAGAAUUCAAUGACACUGCCACCCAAGUGAACAGAAGCAGGCAGGCAGUCAUACAGGAUAACAGCGUCGUUCACAACGAAAUGGAAUCUGAGAGCAUCUCGACCGCUCCGAGGCCUAAGUUGCGGGCAGAGCCACGUAUAUUUCUAUUCGGUGGAAUACUUCUGCAGGCUUGGGGUGCAGUGGGUGUUGCUGGCAUAGGGAUGAGCAAAGCGUUCUAAUGAUGUUGGCUGGUGACAACGAAAGCUCCUUCC